GUUGGCUGCCACGUUUUAAGGCCCGCUUCAACCUUGUCGGGAAGACAGUCUCGGGGGGGGAGUGAGGAUGCCAAUAACGGAGAGAUCAAGAACUGGCUUGAACAAGAGUGGCCCCAGGUUCUCGCCAAGUAUGAGCCGAACCAGAUAUUUAAUGCGGACGAAACGGGCCUGUUCUGGCAAAUGCUUCCGCGACAAACGCUCGACACCCGCGGGGACAAGUGCCACGGCGGGAAGCAAGGCAAGGCUCGCAUAACAGUUCUGUUGGCUGCUAAUAUGGGCGGAAGCACGAAGCUACGGCCACUUGUCAUAGGCAAGUUUGAAACCCCGAGGUGCAUGUGCAACUGCCCCAGUAUUCCAGUGACAUAUGCCUGGAAUAAGAAGUCGUGGAUGACUCGGCACAUAUUCCAAAAAUGGCUGGAGGCACGGGACUCGGAGUUGGCGCAUCAGCGCCGGAAGGUAUGCCUUAUCAUUGAUAAUUGCACGGCACACCACACCGAUGUCCAGCUGAACAACAUUGAACUCAAGUUUUUGCCGCCGAACACCACGUCGAAGCUGCAGUCAUUGGACCAGGGCAUUAUCCGCACUUUCAAGUCCAUCUAUAAGCGCCGGCUGAUCGACAUUUUGCUUUUGAAGCUCCGGAUGGGCCAAGAGCCUAAGGUAGACCUUUUGGGUGCCAUUAAAAUGCCGAAAGCCUCUUGGGACAACGUCAAGCAGUCGACCAUAGUUAACUUCUUUCGGCAUGCGGGUUUCGUUGGCUGCACUGAAAAAGCAACCGAAGAGGCAGGAUUGGACGAUAUGGAGGAAGAAUGCCAGCUUGAAGAAACCUGGAGCACGUUGGAGCGCUUUGUCGGUGCUGAGCCACAAAGCAUGUGCAUUGAAGACUUCGUUGGUGGUGAUGACGGCACCGAAACAACGGUGGAGUUGACGGACGUGGAGAUCACAGCAGAAGUUAGUGCUGAGCGGCCAAACGAAGACGCUGCCGACGUUGCCCCGCUCCCGACUUCAGCCGAGGCUGUAGCUGCGUUGGCCCUUGUACGCCGCUACUGCGGCGCAAUAGAAGGCACCGGCCUAUCGCUUGUGGAUCGCUUAGACUACGUUGAGGACGCUGUGGUUUAA